CAGAGAAACGUCACUCAAGUUUAUCAAGAAGUUUUGAAGGGCUUACUUUUAUUUCGAAAAAUAAUCUACAUUUUCAAAAAUCAAAUAGGGGUUGAAACAAAAAAUGCAGUCCGGUAUUAGAAAUGUUAUCAAUUUUGCCAUUAAAACUCCUUUAAAAUCAAAUGGCGCUAUUUUGGGAGCAAUAAAUGGAAGAUUUUACUCAUCUUCCCAUGAAGCCGACAUAGUUGUUAUUGGUUCUGGUCCUGGUGGAUAUGUAGCAGCAAUUAAGGCAGCGCAAAUGGGAAUGAAAACCGUUUGUAUAGAAAAGAAUCCAACAUUGGGUGGAACUUGUUUAAAUGUAGGUUGUAUCCCAUCCAAAGCCCUUCUAAAUAAUUCCCAUUAUUAUCAUAUGGCGCAUUCAGGAGAUCUUGCAAAUCGUGGUAUUGUUGUAGGGGACGUUAGAUUGGAUCUUGAUAAACUUAUGCAGCAGAAAUCCAAUGCUGUCAAAGCUCUCACUGGUGGUAUAGCCGGUUUAUUUAAAAAAAAUAAAGUCACACGCCUUGAUGGACACGGCACAAUUACUGGACCAAACGAAGUACAAGUAGCUAAAGGUGAUGGAUCAACAGAAACUGUAAAAACCAAAUAUAUCAUGAUUGCAACAGGAUCUGAAGUUACACCUUUCCCUGGAAUCGAAAUUGAUGAAGAAACUAUUGUUUCAAGUACAGGGGCUCUAUCUCUUAAAGAGGUUCCAAGAAAAAUGGUUGUUAUUGGGGCUGGUGUUAUUGGUUUAGAAUUGGGAUCAGUAUGGUCAAGAUUAGGUGCAGAAGUUACUGCGAUUGAAUUUAUGGAAACAAUAGGAGGUGCGGGAAUCGACGGUGAAGUUUCAAAAACCUUCCAAAAAAUUCUUACAAAGCAAGGAAUUAACUUCAAAUUGGGAACGAAAGUAACGGGAGCUAGCAAAAGUGGCGGAAGUAUUAGUGUGACAACAGAAGCAGCCAAAGGAGGAAAUCCUGAAACAUUAGAUUGUGAUGUUUUAUUGGUUUCAGUAGGUCGUCGCCCAUUCACAGAAAAUUUAGGUCUAGAAUCUGUUGGAAUCGUAAAAGAUGAUAAAGGCCGAAUUCCAGUUAAUGGAAGCUUCCAAACAGUGGUACCAAGCAUUUAUGCUAUUGGUGACGUUAUUCAUGGACCUAUGUUAGCUCACAAAGCUGAAGAUGAAGGAAUCUUUUGUGUUGAAGGAAUAAAUGGAGGACACGUACAUAUUGAUUAUAAUUGUGUACCAAGUGUUGUAUACACACAUCCUGAAGUAGCAUGGGUAGGAAAGACUGAAGAAGAUCUUCAACAAGAGGGUGUGGCAUAUAAAAUUGGCAAAUUCCCUUUCUUAGCAAAUUCAAGAGCAAAAACAAAUAACGAAACAGAAGGUUUUGUUAAAGUUUUGUCUGACCAACAAACUGAUAGAAUUUUAGGAACUCAUAUUAUUGGACCAGUUGCUGGUGAACUUAUUAAUGAAGCAGUUUUGGCUAUGGAAUAUGGUGCUGCAGCAGAAGACGUUGCUCGCGUUUGUCACGCUCAUCCGACCUGCGCUGAAGCUCUUAGAGAGGCAAAUACAGCAGCUUAUAUAGGAAAACCAAUUAAUUUCUAAGACUCUCCGUUGUUUAUAAAAUGCAAUACAUAAAAAAUUGAAUUUUUAAAUCUUUUGUUACCUUGUAAAUUAUAAACAUGAUAUAUAAUUUUAGUUUAAAGAAAAAUUAUUAAAAAUA